AUGGAGGAUGAUCAGAAAAAAACAGCGUUGUAUGAAACCAAACACUGGUGCAUUAUGGGAAGUAACGUCACUAAGUUUAUAGUGUUAUGCACUAUAGUACUAAUCACGGUAGCAGCAUAUGUACAUACAAGUCAAAGAAUGCAUUCUAAUAAAUUAGUAUUGCCUCAGAUGGCCAUGGUUCAAACGGAGACUCAUUAUAGUAACAAUGGAAAAUUAUCAUGGCAAUCGGACCCGCAGGAACGACUAAUUGGUGGAUUUGAUGAUGAAUUUUGUUCAAUGGAAGAAUAUCCUGAAUAUUUCAUGUUAAGUAAUGAAGCAGUUCAGUUUCUGAUGAAAGACGGACACCAUGAGAUAUACUUGGCAGCGUGCCAGCCAACCAUUUUAUAUGUAUACGGUAUGAGUUUAAAAAACACCAUGGUCCGAUGUCGACCCUGGGUGGACAUGCAAGCACGGGUGUUAGGACCAGACUUACAGUUUUACCCCGGCGCCAAGGCAUAUACACUAAUGUUUAACAAUGUUAGAGUCAGGUGGGCCGGCGAGGACAAAUUUGAAUUAUUAAUACCGCCUUUACAGCUGGGAGUUUACUAUUUAGAAAUAUUACUUGUGCAUGGAGAAAAUGCCCAUCGUGUUUUGUUUGACAAUGAGAACAACACUAAAGGUGCUCCUUGUGUGGACACUGGUAUUGCUGAAACGCCUGUUUCUCUUAUUGUUAAUGACAAUAGUACGUGUCCAUUUUAUAAAUCCGACUCCACUCCUUUAUGUAAAUCAGGAAAUGUUACAGGGAGAUGGGUGAGUACGCCACCAGACGGUUGUGAUGGUAAUGUCUGCGACGGCAACAUUGAUGUACUAGCAAGUUCUGGCCGCGUAUGGGCGCCCUACGACUGUCAUUAUAAAAUAUUUACCCCUGGGGAGCUUAACAAAUGUUUUCGGGACAAAGUAAUUUUAGUUGUGGGAGAUUCGAUAACACAGGAAAUAGCAAAUGAAAUAGUUCAGUUGUACAUGUACAAAGACAAACUACCUAUUUCCCGCGACAUGAAACGGAAAAAGAAAGAUAUACGGCGAUCAGUGACCGCAUUCUGGCGUUCGAUCAACGAGCAGCACACUAUGGUUGGUUACAGUUUUUUGAUGGCAAGUCCGCUUGGAUGUGGGAUUGACUGCGUCAAUAAACACACUGAAAGUGAAUUGCACGAUAUCCUUUUGCAGCACGGAAAAGUAGAUUUACUGAUUACUUCAACCGGUGUUCAUGAAGUGGCUCCAUUUAAUCGUAUUCACCCAAAACAUAAAGAUGUGUUUGUAGAAUAUGAAAAGGGCUUACCAACUUUUAUUGAAAAAAUCCAGACUUUGGUCAAAGACAGUGGCCAGAUAGUAUGGAUCACGGCACCAGAUAGCAGCGAUCUUGCGAGAUGUAGUUAUCAUGCAAAACCACGUCUCGAGAAAAUAAAUAACAUCACAAAAAGUUUUGUUGAUGAAUAUCUCCAUAGUAACAAGAGCUUGUUACCUAUCCAUCUCAUAGAUUUUUUCAGGGUUUCUGAAAACUGCCAGUGUGGAAAUGAGCAUAAAGGUAUUCGAUUCAUGAAUUAUGAAAACCAGCAAAAUGCAGUGAAAUCUUACAAUGGGUUUGUAUCCAGAAUGCUGCUACAUAUUUAUUUGACACUUCUAUGUAAUUAA